GAUACAUCCGCACAAAGCCGCGCGUUUCCCCACCAAAGCCCCGAGAGGCGGAAGAACCAGAGCUCAGCAUCUGGCUGAUGUUCAAGCGCUCACGGAGGAGCAGGCUUCUGGCAGCUUUGGGUCAUUUUGAGCCCAUUCUGCCUGGAACUGAAUGCAGGGGCAAGUUCGGGUCACCACCUGCGGGCCGGGGGCGGGGCGGGCCACACACGCUGAGGGACGCGGAGGCCGGGGGAGAGCCGGGAGUUAGGAAAAUGUGACCCUGCGACCCCGAACGCCGCCAGGCUCCCUCUCCUGCGCUCCACCUGCUCGUCUGCGCCCAGCUGCCAGCCGGCCAUGGCCAGCCCCGCGCCCUUAGUGGCUUCCAUCAGUCACCAAAUGGUGGCUCUGCAGACCCUGCAGCUACUCCAGCAGGAGUGGGGUUGGGGUGACGGCCCUAGCGCCCCCGGAAGCCCACGCGGCCCGGACCACGUGCCCGUCGCCCAAGCUCGUCGCCCAGGCCAGAUGCGGACUCGGCGGGGGUUGGGACGCGGGGUCGCCGGAGCGCGGAGCUCCCCCGAAGCAGGCGGGCUGCGGGGCGCAGAGGGGGGCGCUGAGCUGCUGCCCUUCCCCCGGGACCGCGGGCCCUGCACCCUGGCUCGGAUGGCGAUGCGCAGCGCGCUGGCCCGCGUGGUGGACUCGACCUCGGAGCUGGUCAGCGUAGAGCAGACUCUGCUUGGGCCUCUUCAGCAGGAGAGGCCCUUCCCCAUCCACCUGAAGGACAGUGUUGAGUUCCGAAACAUCUGUAGUCACCUGGCUCUCCAGAUUGAAGGACAACAGUUCGACAGAGACUUGAAUGCCGCGCACCAGUGUCUGAAGACCAUAGUGAAGAAGUUGAUCCAGUCACUUGCUAACCUCCCGUCGGAUGCCCAUGUGGUUGCCUGUGCUUCCUUGAGACAGAUCUUACAGAAUCUCCCAGAUGUGUGAGUGUGAGAGACAGCCAGUCUACAGCUGGCCGUGCUGAGAGACCCGGCUCCUUCGCCUUCCUGAGCAACUAGCCAUGAUGGGUGUUUAUGCUCCCAAAAGGACUCGAUAUUUCAUGUCUAAGUCUGGCCACGUGCGCGCCUGUAGCCUUCAGCAUGACAGCAUGCGAGUGCACAUAUUUUUAAAGUCGUAGUGCAUAUUUUUUAAGUAUGUUGACUUACUGCUGAUUUUCGGACCGAAAUACAUUUCUCGCUGUGGAGCUAAUCGGAUUGUAUAUAUAUGUAUAUAUUUAUUAACCAUAGUAAGCAUUGGGUUUGACUGAAUGAUAUUUGAGUCUAUAUUUGUAUUAUUGUGGGCAAUAAGGCUCAGUGCGGAUGUGUAUAGUAGAAGGACCAUGGCGCUCGUCACAUUAUGGGAAUGAAUGGGACAUUUAGUAACUGAUUUUCUGUUUUCUGGGCACUUCAUGAUAGGCAGUGGUGGUGCUCUUUAGCUGUAGAACUACAGGUAUCAGCAUUGUGGGUCCAGCCCUGACAUUUGUCAUUCUUCACUGUGUGGGAAGUGCUGCUUCUAAACCUUGCACCACUGUGUGCUGAUCUGUACAUUUGAAAUGAUAAA